UCUCACACGGGGGACUGGUAUCGCCUGGUGCGGUGGCGGCGCCAUGAAGCUGUCCGUGUCCACGUACCGCGCCAUUAGUGCCACCAGCGUCAGCCGCCUGCGGCGUCCGAGCAGCAUCCAGCAGUCGAGCGAGUCGCUGAGCGGCGCCUCCGGGCCCCUGAUCAAGGUGGAGGACUUUUCCGUGUCGCAGCCGCCGCUGCCCGUCUGCCCGCCCCCGGAGCCGCUGACACCCGUCCGCAGGGCAGGCGCCGAUGCCGAGCUGCUGAAGCCGGCCACUGACAGUGACAAUGGGGACCGCUCUCCGCUCUCCUCGGCACACUCCAGUCCCACACGGAUGAAAAGCAGCCAGCGCUGGCUGAAGCUGCGGACGACUGUACAGCUCUCCGGUGCUCUGGCCACGGCCGGAAAACAAAAGCCCACGCUCAAACGGGAAGACUCGUUCAUCACACGGUUUUCUACCAGGCAAAUCAUCGAGACUCAGGAUACUGUCGAAGAUCACUUGUCUGAAAACGAAAAGGAGAAGGGCACCAAUGACGCGGGACCCCGCAGCCGCCGCAAGAAGCCACCGUGGAGCGUGAUCAACCCGGACGAGAGUUUCUACUUUUUCUGGCUGUUUCUGCUGACGCUGUGUGUUCUGUACAACGUGUGGACGCUGAUCGUGCGCCAGGCGUUUCCGGAGCUGCAGGAGAACUGGCAACAGUGGUGGCUGGCCGGCGACGCCUUCAGUGACUUCAUCUAUGUGUGUGACAUUAUCGUGCAGCUGCGCACCGGCUACCUGGAGCAGGGCCUGAUGGUGUACGACUCGCACAAGCUGGCGCGCCACUACGUGCUGUCGCGGCCGUUCGCGCUGGACCUGGUGUCGGUGGUGCCGCUGGACCUGCUCCAACUGACGGUCGGCGUCUGCCCCAUGCUGCGCUGCCCGCGCUUCGUCAAGGUGUACCGCACACGCUGCUACUACUACAUGGUCGAGUCUCGGACGGUGUUCCCGAACGUGUGGCGGGUGGCGAUGCUGGUGCACGUGCUGCUGCUGCUGGCGCACUGGUUCGGCUGCUUCUACUACCUGCUGUCCGAGGCGGAGGAGUUCCGCGGCGACUGGGCCUACCCGCACGGCGACUCGGAGGAGUUCGGCACCCUCACCAGAAAGUACCUGGCGUCUGUCUACUGGUCCACACUGACGCUGACCACCAUCGGCGACCUGCCGACGCCGCACACCAACAACCAUACGGGUGGCGCGGGUGGCCGCGGUCACGGCUCCUCCGGCACUGGCCGGCGCCACUUCAAGUCGCGGCUGACGCACAUCAGAACGAGCAGCGGGUAUCUUUUCACCAUUGUCAGCUACUUGAUAGGGGUAUUCAUAUUUGCUACAAUUGUCGGCCAAGUGGGGAAUGUGAUCACAAAUCGGAAUGCAAAUCGGCUGGAAUUUGAACGCUUAUUGGACAGCGCCAAGCUGUACAUGCGCCACCACCGCGUGCCGCGCGCGAUGCAGCGUCGCGUGCAGCGCUGGUACGACUACUCGUGGUCGAGGGGCCACAUCCAGGGAGGCGGCGACAUUAACGCCGUGCUCGGUCUCCUGCCGGACAAGCUGCGUACCGAGCUGGCCCUGCAUGUCAACCUGAUGACGCUGAAAAAGGUGACCAUUUUUAAGGCCUGCCAGCCCGAGUUCCUACACGACCUGGUGCUGAAGAUGCGGGCGUACAUUUUCACGCCGGGGGAUCUGAUCUGCCGGAAAGGCGAGGUGGCCAGAGAAAUGUUCAUCAUCGCCGAUGGAAUAUUGGAAGUGAUCAGUGAUAGUGGAAAGGUUCUAACGACAAUGAAGGCUGGUGAUUUCUUCGGCGAGAUUGGUAUCCUAAAUCUGGACGGCUUAAACAAACGCACUGCCGACGUCCGCUCCGUGGGCUACUCAGAGCUGUUCAGCCUGUCGCGAGACAACGUGCUCAGUGCCAUGAGGGACUACCCGGAGGCACAGGAGAUUCUGCAGACGCUCGGUCGGCGCCGGCUGCUGGAGGCUCGGAAGGCGUCCGGGGGCCGGGUGGUCCCCAACAACGGCCUCUCGGCGGGCGAGCAUCCGCCGGCGGCGGCGGCCGACCCGGAGCGCGGCGCCGGCUCCGCCCACCGCCGCCGGCCCGAGGUCAUCAAACACGCCCUGCGUCGGGUCCGACGCGUCGACAGUGAUGCCGACAUGGAGCUGGUCCCGUGCUCCUCCGACGAGCCGCAGGAGGGUCAGGGACACGCCAGUGGUAGCGGACGGACGCGCUCCUCGCAGAGGCGGCGGAAGCUGGGCUCGACAGCCAGCCCGGACGGCGGCGGCUCGGUCGGUCGGGAGCCGUCCACAGAGCCAGAGGUGAUCGGCGCUGGGCUGCCGCUGCUCCAGAGACUGCGGAUGCUGCGGGACCGGCAGGCGGCCGAGCGGCCUGACGUGACCACCAGGACGGACCACGCCGAGUCCAAGGGGCCGGUGGAGGAGCGGCGAGCUGGCUCGGGCCGUCCCGGUCCGCCCGCGUCAAAAUCGUCACACGGCCACACGAGUCGGGACGGGGAGAGCACGGACAGCACGCCCGGAGUCACGGUGGUGUCAGCGGCCACACAGACAAGUGACGAGGACUGCGAGCCUUCCUCCGGCGUCUCGUCCAGCCCGGCUGCGAGCUCCCCGGCUGCCUGGUGGCCGGGGUCGCCGCGCCGCUCCGAGGGGCAGGCGGCGCCGUCCCAGGAGUCGCCGCCCGGCUCCGACUCUGCCGAGCGGCGCGGCCUCAAGAGCAUCCUGCGCCGGCUGGCGGACCCGACCGAGGCGCCCGCGCCGCCGCCCGUUCCGGCCACCGUCCAGGGGUAUCUGUCGCGCAAGCGGAACCUGAUGAAGUCUGUCUCGUUCAACCAGCACUCUCCGCCGGGCUCUCCGGUCGGCUCGCGCGAGGCGUUACCGGAUGUCACGUCGCAGGCGACGCCGCCCCCGCCGACCGCCUGCCUCAUCCAGGCCAGCGACGUGGUGGCCGAGAUACGCAGCCUUCUUCAAGAGAAACUGACGGAAAUGCAUGCGUCACUCAAUACCAGGAUGGAGUCGCUCGAAAAGGAAAUGAGGGAGCGCGACCGAAUACUGCAGGAGCUGUACUCGCAGCAGCAGUGUCAGGAGCUAGUGGAGGACUCAGACGGUAGCUCGUCUCCGCCGGACAGCGCCAAUGACCUGACCUGCUUAUCGGAGAGUGUCAGUCAGGACCGGCUAUGGACGCUCGAGUUCGGUCACCGCCGACCCGAGCACACGGUGGUGGACGUCGGUCCCGCCUCCUCGGACCCCGCGCCCGCCGCCGCCGAGCCGGCCGACCGCGCACCCGCCGAGCCCGACGAAUGGGAGGUGCAGAUGCUGGUGGCCGAGAUGGCUCGCUCGGAGCGGCGGCAGCGGCGCAGUCUGGUGCCGGAGCUGACCGUCUCGGAGCUGGAGCUGCUGGCGCGGCUCGAGGGCGGCCAGCAGCCGGCGCGCGCCGCCGCCGUCGGACGGAUGGCCAGCGUGGACGGCGGCGGCCACUCGGAGCCGGGCGGCCGGCCGGCGCGGCCCCAGCUCGGCCGCAUCGCCAGUCUGCGCGAGCGCUCGCGUCACUAA